AAAAAGCAGAGCGAAAGACGCACGUGUCUUUUUUCACACAUGAGAUUGAGAUGAGAGAGAGAGACUCUUUCUAGUUUCUAGUUUCUAGUUCAAUGUCAUCAUCUUCUUCUCCUUCUUAAAUCUUAAUUAAUUUCUCUCUCUCUCUCUCUCUCUCUGCCGCGAUCUCGCUCCAACGACGCCGUUUCGAUCUUCUUCUGCGUCGAUUCAAACAUGGAUGAGACUUCGGCUCUCAUCGAAGCCAUUCUCAGGGAGCAGGAGGAAGAAGAAGAAGCUUACAGAAGAAGGAACCACGCCACCACUACCAAAAACGAUAACAACGACUGGCAAACGGUGUCGUAUCACAAGCGCAACCGCAACACCAACAACAACAAGUCCCAGUCCAAGCACCCACUCGCCCACGCCAAUUCCGCCGCCGAUCCUUCCUCCGACGUCUUCAGCUCCCUCCACCGCCACUCCGAGGACCGCCGCCGCCGCCUCCUCGAGGCGCAGUACGCUGCGGAGGCGCCGGCCGCCGACGCCGCGCCGAGCAGAUCGAAGCGGCAUUCCGACGACGAAGACGACGGAGAUGCGGAGCUGGAGGCCGGCGCCGAUCAGGACGGCUCCUCCGGGGUGAAGAAGCCGAAGCAGAAGAAGCCGAAGAAGCCGAAGGUGACGGUGGCGGAAGCUGCUUCCAGAAUCGGCGCCGAUGAUCUCGCCGCGUUUCUCGCUGAAAUUACUGCUUCGUAUGAAUCGCAGCAGGAUAUUAUGCUGAUGAGAUUUGCUGAUUACUUCGGCCGCGCGUUCUCGUCGGUGAGUGGAGCUCAGUUUCCAUGGUUGAAGACGUUCAAAGAGUCCACCGUUGCGAAGAUUGUUGAUAUCCCUCUUGUGCAUAUAUCGGAGGAUAUUUACAAAAUAUCAGCGGAAUGGAUCGGUCACAGAUCAUAUGAUGCACUUGGUUCGUUUGUGCUAUGGUCGUUGGACAGCAUUCUUGCAGACCUUGCCAGUCACCAGGGAGUUGUUAAGGGAUCAAAGAAGGUGGUCCAGCAAUCAUCAUCGAAAUCUCAGGUUGCCAUAUUUGUGGUUUUAGCAAUGGUGCUUCGACGAAAACCUGAUGUCAUGAUUAAUUUAUUGCCAAUAAUGAAGGAGAGUCAAAAAUAUCAAGGACAGGAUAAACUCCCUCUCAUAGUUUGGGUGAUAACUCAGGCUUCUCAAGGGGAUCUAGUAAUGGGGUUGUACUUGUGGGUAUCUCUUCUCUUGCCCAUGCUGAGUGCGAAGUCUGGUUGCAAUCCACAGUCAAGAGACUUGAUAUUACAGUUGGUUGAGAGAAUUAUCGCAUUUCCUAAAGCUCGUUCUAUCUUGCUGAAUGGGGCUGUCAGAAAGGGUGAGCGUGUUGUACCCCCAUGGGCUCUUGAUUCUCUAUUGAGAGUUACUUUCCUUCUUCCUUCAGCCCGGAUCAAGGCCACUGAAAGAUUUGAAGCUGUUUAUCCAACAUUGAGAGAGGUUGCCCUUGCUGGGACACCUGAAAGUAAAGCAAUAAAGCAUCUUGCACAACAGAUACUAAGCUUUGCAAUUAAAGCUGCGGGAGAAGCCAAUCCUGACCUAUCAAAGGAGGCAAGCGACAUUUUUAUUUGGUGUUUGUCUCAGAACCCCGAAUGUUACAAACAAUGGGAUUUGCUUUAUAUGGAUAACCUUGUAGCAAGUGUUAAUGUUUUGAGAAAACUUUCUGGUGAAUGGAAGGAAUACCUUGUCAAACAUCCUAAUCUUGAUUCUUUGAGGGAAACUCUUAAGAGCUUCAGUCAAAAGAAUGAAAAGGAGUUGGCUAAGGUGGAUGAUGGUGCUCGCCAUGCAUUAUUGAAGGAUGCAGACAAGUACUGCAAAAUCAUUUUGGGGCGAUUGUCACAAGGCCAUGGAUGCAUGAAAAGCAUGGCAGUUUUUUCUGUUGUUCUUGCUGUUGGAGCCGUUUUCUUGUCCCAGAACAUGCAUUUAUGGGAUUAUAAUAAAUUGACAGAGAUGUUGAACCUCUCCUAGGUUGAGAGAGUUAUCCUGUGGCUCACUCGGUUCUUAUGCCCGGCGUGAAUGACUUCAGCCAAACUAAUAGUGAGGUGUGAUGAGGAAUAUUUAAUUUAUUCCAGUCUUCGACAUAGUGAAAUUAAACAAGAAAUAGGAGGAACAAAGCCAUGGAAGCUUGUGCUGGCCAUUUAUAUAGGUGUUGAUGUGUGUUCUCAAAUUUUAGGUCAAUUUGAAAAUUUCUUUCUUAAAUUUUUUUUAUAGUGGCUUGUUAUAUAUUGAUUUUCAGAUAAAGUGCCGAAGGGCUAUAGAGAAAUGCAAAUCAAGGAGAAAUCAAGAUGUGCUUGAAAGCAAAUUUUGAAGUAUUUAAAUUCUUAUUUGUUCUGAAUUUAGUUUGUUACAUAUAUUACUGUUA